UUUAAUCUAGAAAAGAAUGUACUCAACAUUGCCUAUAAGGAAUUUAGGAGGAAGUGGUGAUUAUUUUAAUAAUAUUCAUAAUUCAGUUUCAAUAGAUGGUACAAAUUUACCAGGGGAUGCUUGUUUAGUAUUAACAACUGAUCCUAAGCCUCGUCUUAGGUGGACUACUGAACUCCAUGAACGCUUUGUUGAUGCUGUUACUCAACUUGGUGGCCCUGAUAAAGCAACACCAAAAACAAUUAUGAGAACAAUGGGGGUGAAAGGUCUGACCUUAUACCAUUUGAAGUCACAUCUCCAGAAAUACCGCCUGGGCAAGCAAUCUGCUAAAGAGGCAACCGAGAAUUCUAAAGACGUGUCAUGUCCAGCAGAGAGUCAAGAUACAGGUUCCUCUACAUCAGGUUCAUCAAGAGUUAUUGCGCAAGAUAUAAAUGACGGUUUCCAAGUAACUGAGGCUUUGCGAGUACAGAUGGAAGUCCAGCGAAGACUACAUGAGCAGCUAGAGGUACAGCGCCGUCUACAGCUUCGUAUUGAAGCACAAGGAAAAUAUUUGCAAUCAAUUCUUGAAAAAGCUUGUAAAGCUUUUAGUAGCCAGUCCAUCGAACCGAAUGGCCUAGAAGUGAACAGGGAAGAACUUUCUGAAUUAGCAAUGAAGGUUGCAAACGAUUGUGAAGGGAUCGUUAAUGUCCCUUCGUUACAUGAUAUUGCUCCAAGUAUCGAAGACAAAAAUGCUUGUCACGUGCCAGCCAGACUUGGCGACUGCUUGCUUGAUGACUGCUUCCCAUCAAAUGGAAUCGGUGAUCUAAAGAAGAGACCGCAGGCUUUUACUAACGUGAAUGGAUCACCUAUCGAAAGCAAUACAAGGCAGGUGGAAUGGAUGAUGAGUAAUACAUGAACAAAAUUCUCUCUGGAAACAAAUCAGUGUAUUUUUUACCACAUUUUCUGUGAUGUUUCCCCCUUUCUACAUCUGUUUGAUCCAAGAUUAAACAAUGUUGCAAAUGUAUGUUAUCUAAGUUAUAUCACCUUUUAAGUACCCGGUGCACUACGCUCCUGCUAUGCGCGAGGUCGGGGAAGCGCCGGACCACAAGGGUCUAUUGUACGCAACCUUACCCUGCAUUUCAUCACCUUUUAAGUACCCUUUAUCAGAAAUGAAGAUCCUUGUGUACUAACAGCAUAGUUGAACUCUAAUCACUACUGUUUUCUGAUA